AUGGCUCUACUUAGGAUCGAAGCUAUAAAACCAUCAGCCUCCGUGCUGGAAAGGAUACUUGCGUUUGAGACAUCGAUCCAUCAUUUACAGACAAUCCCUACAUUCUGCUGGGUGUUCCUGCUGGUGUGCCUGAUGGGCCGUGUCGCGAGCGUGCCGCAGCCUCUCGUGGUGGACGCCUGCGAUCUGAUCUGCAACUCCAGAGAGGAGACCGAGUCCGAACGCGAGCGGGAUUCAUCCUUGUAUUCCCGAUACCCGAAAGUGGACUGUAAGCUUCAGUCCGACAAUGAUGAGAGCCAGGCGUGGGUUAUCAUGAGCAACUGCUUGAAAUUGGAGUUGUCGGUCAACAUGGAGGUUAAUUGUUUUGCUCUGAAAUUGUCGCUUGCAGCGAACCUGGGUUGCCACUGCGAGAAUUGGAAGAUGAAAUUCUUGGUGAAACAACUGUCGAACGACCUCCUUACCAUGAUCUUGGACUUGCUUCGCGAUGAGCUGAUCAUAUGCGAAAAUCACAAGGAGUUGUUCAACAGUAUUAAGCUGGCAGUAAAUAAAUUGAGCAAUUGCUACCUCAAGGUAGAAGCUGUUUUCGCUAAAAAAGAAGAUAAUAAAAAAGAUAAAAAAGAAGAAGAACCGAAACAUCCUCGUGGAGAACCCGAUAUAUUUCUACCCUCACCGCCUUUCUUGCCUGAUUAUUAUGAACCACGCCACAGAGCGCGAUCGUAGAAUUUCGUGACGGGGAUAACUUCGAACUCAGCGAGGAAUAUGAAAUUGCAAGGUUAGAAAUAGAAGCAGCAGAAGCAGAAGAAAAGAGAAAAGCAGAAGCAGCACAAGCAGAAGAAAAGAAAAGAGCGGAAGCUACAAACAGAACUUGAAUAUUUGACAGAUUUUGGGUAGAUUAAUCGAUUCAUGGUGAUACUAAAUUAUGCCACACAACACACAACGGUCGAUAUGUUAUUAACAUAUAAGCCAUAAUUGUGAAAUAUUUAGUUAAUAAUACAAAACAUAAGAUUUUGCUUACUGUUUAACAUGAAUAUAAUCGCUUUAUGUUUUAGAAUUUUACACAAGAUUCAGUUCACACGAUUUGUAUUAUAUUUUAUCCCGAUCUAUAUAUGUAGGAUCGAUAUGCAGAAAAUACAAAUAAAUUUUCAUUAUCAAUCCUGACACAUAAUUAGCGGCUUUGUUCUGAAAUGACAUAUGUAUAUUUUUCUAAAGAAAUAUAUAGUAAUGCAACAAAA